GUUGUAUCUAAUUUAUAGACCCAAUUUUUACAACCAUUAACACGUGUCAAAGCAAAAAAAAAACAAAACAUUGGUUUGGAUUUCGUUUGUAAACAUAUUUUUUUUUAUAAUUUUAAUUAAUCUUCGGUGAGAAAUGGACCAUCAAAUGCAGUCACUACAAGAAUAUCUAACCAACAUGGUAGUGCCCAGUCGAAGAGAUUGCAUCGAUAUCAAUUCGGAGCAUAUAACAAUGCUGCAGGGCACUAAAAGUAAAAAACAAUUAAGUCGGAAAAGAAGAACAACAAAAUCUUCAACACUUAAUAGAAGAGAAUAUGCUAAGCUUGGUUUGCAUACGCUGCCCACCCGGCAAAUGAAGUAUGAAGAAGCACUGCCACUGCAUCGCUUGUGGAAAGGAUAUAUGAAAGAACAUUUAGGAUUGCGGGAGGGAGAUCAAGUGCCGAAAGUAUAUGAUGCCGGUUAUGAUGCAUUUAGUAAACUUUUGGUAAAAACUGAUUUGCAUGGUGCCAAAAUGUAUGUCAUGCAGUCAAAGUGUCCCACACUAGUGGGCUUAUCUGGAAUUGUGGUGUUAGAUACCAAAAAUGUUUUAAAAUUAUUGGGAAAAGACGAUCGUUUACGCACCGUACCUAAGAGCGAAUGUGUAUUUGGCAUGAAAUUAGGAAAUAUGAAAUUUACAAUAUUUGGAAAACAUUUGUGUAUAAGACCAGCAGAACGCUCUGUAAAGAAAAUAAAGAAUUUUGUUGAACCUUUUGAAUAAAUACUACAAAAA